AAACAUGUGCAGAAACAUGCCAGAAAUUGCUAUUCUUGAAUUAUUCAGUGGAAUUGGAGGCAUGCAUUACGCACUUGAAUACAGUUCAGUUCCUGGAAAGAUAGUCUUAGCAAUAGACGUGCAUGAAACCGCAAAUAUGACUUACAAACAUAAUUUCAGUGAUACGAAAUGUACGAGUAGUAACGUGCAAGGAUUAAAAGUGGAGAGGAAUCAACAUAUCGAAGGAAUUUUCAUGUCACCACCUUGUCAACCUUUCACAAGAAAUGGAAAUUUCAAAGAUGUCGAAGACAUGAGAUGCAAUGCAUUUCUCUUUAUUUGUGAUAUGAUCAAAGAGAGUCAAUUGAAAAAUUUAAAAUAUAUUCUUAUGGAGAAUGUCAAAGGAUUCGAAAAAUCGGAGAUGCAUGAAAUAUUCAUUGAAGCUUUGACGUCUGCUGAAUUUUAUUAUCAAGAAUUCAUCAUAACACCGACAGAAAUUGGAGUUGCAAACACAAGACAUCGAUAUUAUUGCAUAGCAAGACAAGAUAAACCUUUUUCAUUUGCUAACGGAGAUGAUUAUUUGACAAAACUUCCCAACUUUCAUUCACCAGUGGAACGACCACAAAUCUCAUCAUACAUUGACGACCUCGCUAAUCACGAUAAUUAUCUUCUACCUGACAAUAUUCUUGAGAAAAGAUUCCAAGUUCUCGACAUUUGCACAAGUGAUUCAACCAACUCAAUGUGCUUCACCAAAUCUUAUUCCAGAUAUGUCGAAGGAACUGGUUCUGUGUUUUGUCAUUUAACAAAGGAUGAACUUACUUUGAAAUUAGAGCUGAUCAAGCUGAAUGACGACGAUCUAGAACUUAAGAAAUCACUUCAAUUAAGAUUUUUCACGCCUUUAGAAGUCUCACGUUUGAUGUCAUUUCCACCGAGCUUUAAAUUCCCUGACAAAGUCACCGAAAAGCAAAAGUACAAACUUCUUGGCAACAGCUUGAAUGUUGCCGUUGUAGGUGAACUGAUGAAGCUUCUGUUUGAUGUUAAUGAAUAAAAUUGAAUUAUUCAGAUAAAUAUUUUGCUUUUAUCUUCUAUCUUCGGGGAAUUUUGUUGAUUUUUAUCAUCUGACAUUAAUUAAUAAUUGAUCUGUGCUUUCCAAUAUUUCCACGAACAUUUUCUCGUGUUCUGAAUCUCAAAUGUCAUGUCAUUUAUUCAGCAAAAGAGAUGAAGCCAAUGUAAAAUGUCCAACAUAAUAAAACGAUUUUUUUUAUUUCGCUUUUGCAA